AGCCGAGCCUGAGAAGACUCGAGUGUCGUGAAGCUUGGCUCGUUUGACACCAACCAUAAAUUCCCAACCCUACGCCUUUUCCCCUUUUUUCCUCCCAGCGCCGCUUCAGUCUUUCCACCUCUUCUGAUGUCUCUUCGCUCUCCAGUAAUGGAAGAAGAAGAACGACAAGGAGGUGUAUAUAGAGAACAACAACCAAUAUUCAGAGACCUAAGGAGAUACUUCUGCCCGUACUGUGGCCUCUGUCGCUCCAAGAAGUCUCUCAUCACCUCUCACAUACUCUCUCUCCACCAGGACGAAAUGAAAGAGCAAAAAGCUGAGGGAGAUGGGGAACAGGAAAGGAAGAGAUUCAAUACGUGUGAAGAAUGUGGUGCAAGUUUCCGAAAGCCUGCUCAUUUGAAGCAGCAUAUGCAAAGCCAUUCACUUGAGGUUGUGAAGUUAAUUAAGUGCUUGAGAAAUUAUAGGCCAUUUACUUGUCCAGUAGAUGACUGUCAUUCCAGCUACCGACGGAAUGACCACCUGAAUCGCCACCUUCUUCAACACCAAGGGAAGCUCUUUGAGUGUCCUGUACAGAACUGCAACCAAAGAUUUGCUUUCCAAGGUAACAUGAAGAGGCACGAGAAGGAAUUUCACAGUGGGGAGGCUGCCUCCAGUGAUGUUGAGGGUCAGAAGCAGUAUGUCUGCCCAGAAAUUGGGUGUGGAAAGGUGUUCAAAUAUGCAUCAAAAUUGAGGAAACAUGAAGAUUCUCAUGUUAAGUUGGACGCAGCGGAGGCAUUUUGUUCAGAACCAGGCUGUAUGAAAUAUUUCACAAAUGACCAAUGCCUCAAGGCACAUCUGCAGUCUUGUCAUCAGCAUAUUACUUGUGAGAUAUGCAGGACCAAGCAAUUGAAAAAGAACAUUAAGCGGCAUCUCCGCAUGCAUGAAGCACGUCAAUCAUCAGAGAGAAUAAAAUGUUGCUUCAAGGGUUGCUUGCACACAUUUUCCACUGUAAGAGUCUGUAACCUUUCAAUACUAUUCUGUAAAUCAAAUCUCAAUCAGCAUGUGAAAGCCGUGCACUUUGAACUAAAACCAUUUGUCUGCAGCAUUCCUGGUUGUGGCAUGAGAUUCCCAUUCAAGCACGUGAGGGAUAACCAUGAGAAAUCUGGGUGCCAUGUCUAUAUUCAUGGUGAUUUCGAGGAGUUUGAUGAGCAAUUCCGGUCAAGGCCAAGGGGUGGCCGGAAAAGGAAGUGCCCAGCUAUAGAGACACUCAUGCGGAAAAGAGUAAUUCCACCAUUGGGUUUAGAUUCUAUGAUUAAUCAGGGGCCAGAGUCUCUCUUAUAGUUUUCACUGCAGAAACUUGGGACCAGUUUUGUGUUGUCACCAGUAAAAAUGUUGAGCAUGAUGUAGAAUAAUGCUGUUGUAAACUCUAAGCACAAAGCAAUUCAGAAAAAAUAUCUGAAUGAAUGUUAUAUUAUUCAAAACAAGUUGUUGGCUUUAUAUAAGCCUUACAAAGAGAUAAGAUUGAAAAACAAACAACCCACGUUCUACUGAUCCUAAUAACAUGGUAAAAUGACUAAAGAAAUGGUCAGACUCUACCUACAUAUCCUAAAUAAUAGGAUUUAUUAACUGAAUGAACUUUUGACAACUUCAACUAUAACUCUAACAACCCCAACA